GCAGCGCAUGAACACACCUUACUUAUCACGGCAGUCGUUAUUUUAUCUGUGGUCGUAACCAAGAGUAACUUGAUCUUAUUUAGUGUGCUGUAGUAAAGGUUGUUUGGGAUACAAAGUGUUAUAUUGCACAAUAUUUACUUUUUAUGAAAUGUUUGUUGUCCAGGACGCUUUGGGAUUAUAUGCUUUACUUUAUUAUGCUGACUUGGAAAGGUUGUAGUUUGGUGUAACGAGAGUUUUCUUCAUGUAAGGUUAUGGUCUUUAAGAACAUUCUUCAAGUGUAUGUGUAAAUAAUUGUAUUUCUAGUUAUUCCGUCAUUUUUUUUGGGACAAGGUACAGUCAACAAUUAGGAUUAAAUGUUCAAAUAUUGAGCGUACAUAGAGGAACACAUGUGUAUUAUACUUCUGAAUAUUUGACGAUGAUGGCCUUCUGACUUGUAACGUCAUGUCGAUUUAUAGAGUCAAGACAUUCUUAGAGACUACAGCUACACCACAUUUGUCACUUAAAGACAAGUUUUGGACUGUGAUGUUAUAUCAGGCACUGGUAAUCUUGUAGAAUUGUAUAGAAUAGAAUGUAUUUGCAUUUUGUAGAUUCUUUAUAGGCCUAAGCCAAGGCUGUAGAACAUGUAAUAGCACAAAUGCAAUACUUCUUUUUAGUACAAACAUAAAUUACUUAGGUAUGACAGUAAUUUACAGUCAGUUACAGGAUUACUGCAAAAGAACAAGAUUAUUGAAUAGCUUUAUUGUGUUAUAACAUUAAAUGGUAACCAGUUUGGAUUUUACCAAAUUAGGCACAAUUUGUGUUUACCACAGUAAAUAUAGACAGAAAGAGUAUUAUAGUGAAUUAUAGUUAAGAUGUGUAAGUUAUGAUGUAAACAGAGCUUUGUGUGUUUCUGGAAAGUAGAAAUUUAUUACUUAGUUGUUAGUCAGAAUUUGUAACCAUUGGUUUUUGAACUACACCUUAUAGCAUAGUGAAUUGUCAUGGAUAAAAAUAAUGAGGAAAAGAUCUCAACCAACACUAAACUUGCUAUACAUCAGGCAGUUCCAGGUUAUACAGCACGUGUAAAAAUAUCGGAUAUAAGUUCUGAUAAAUCUAAAUCUUCAGAAACAAAGCUUUCAAGAGUUGUUCACAGUAUAGCAAGUGAAUCAUCACAUGUAUGUAUAUUGACUCCUGUUGACACUAAUGUGCUCAGGUCUCCCAAUAGUUCUUAUAAUAUGAAUAAUGUAUUAACAUAUGUGAUUAUACCAAAUCAUGUGGGUAAUAAUUCAGAAAGUCCAAAAAAUGUAAAUGAAUCCAGCGAGUCCUGUUAUGAAACAAAUGCAUCACCAGAAGUUAUUGCAUUGGAAGAUGCCUCACCAGAUGUUAUUGCAUUAGAAGAUGUGUCGCCAAAUGUUAUUGCAUUAGAAGAUGAUUCGCCAAAUGUUAUUGCAUUAGAUGAUGCUGAUUCUAAGAGUGCUGCUGUUCAAGAACAUGUGUUUAAUGUAUCUCAAGAUUCUACUUUUAACUUUGUUGCUGCAUUGCUUCAGGAUAACAUCAGUCCAUUUCAAUCAGAAGAUAAUGAAGUUUGGUACAAUAAUAUGCAGCAAACAAUAACUACUAUUUCAUGUGUUGUUGAACAGAUAUUUUCAACAUCAAGUGAAGGAAUUUUAAUUACCCUUCCAUGUACUCCAGGUUUUGAAAAAGAGAAAGUUGGUCCUGCAGACCGUGCUACUGUAAAACUUGGCUCUACUUCAUUCUUUGGUCUGUCUGAUGGAUGUGUACUGGAAAAGAAAUUUAAUGUAAUAUUCCAUCAACUGAGUAUGGGUUUUUUGUCAAAUUCAUCAAAAGAAUCAGAUAUAAAGAAAUUCAUUUGUGAUGCUAUGCAUGUGUUAAUGGAAGUGAUGCCUGUUGAAUAUGCCUUCACUCUUAUUUGCAACUGCUCUCUUUGUUGGUUCCUGUAUAUGUGUGCCAAAGUUGUAUACAGAGAUUCACCAGAGGAGUCACAUAAAUUGAAUUGGAGUGGUAGCCCCAUUAGCUCCUAUAGAUGUCUUGCAAUGAGGAAGAUUUUCAUUACAGAUUUGAAGUCUGUAGCUGAUGUUAGUUAUGACAGAUCUGUAAAUAGCUCUUUUAGCCUACAGUUAAGAUUUACAAGAAGUAGUCAGAAACGAAGACUGUGUAAACAAAGUGAACACUUUCAAUCUGCCAAGCGGAAUUCAAUGGGCUCAGACUUAAAUAAUGUUUCAAAAAUUGCAGUCAGAACAGGUGUGAAUGCUAGUGCUUCAAGCAGUAGCUUCAACAAUAUCAGAACUGGUCAUUUGGUAAAAAAUACUAGAUUCAAAUUUAAAGCUUUUCCAAGAUUUCAGAACCCUGAAGAAGACUUAUAUGUGUUCAACCCAGUCCGUCAGUUCAAAGGCAACACUUACACAAGGCGAAAGAAUUCAGUCGUGAGGUAGAUCAUUUAAUUUGUUAAGAGUGUUGCUGGUAACAGACAAUAAAGUGUAAUUUUUGUAGUCAAAGCGUGCAGAAUAUUAUUAUUCAAGUUUAGUAAAUGUGGUGAGUGUGACAUCUUACUUAGCACUAAGACAAGAUAUUUACAGCAAUAAAUUUUGGUAGCAUAUACAUUGAGCCACCGAAGUAUUGUAAAUGUACUCAUUGUUUAAGAAAGAAGAAAAUCUUCAUGUAAUAGCUGAAUCACUGUCAGCAGACUAUAGUAUUGCUUAAAAUUAUCUUCUCUAAUACAUAAGCCUGCAUAUAUCUGUUAUUUCUUUAUUAGUAUCAUAAUUCUUACUGACAAUGGAAGUGUGUACUGUUUGCCAAGAUAACAUUACUUUGGAAGAUUAAAGUUACUCAUGAAGUCCACUUUAUGCAUUAAUAAAGUGAAUUAUGUAUGAACUAUGCUGACAUACAUUAUAUUCUUGAAUGAA